AUGAAUGAAAUCUGUUUGACAUAAAACCAUCAUAUAUUUCAAAUACUUUAUCAAUAUCUUCAAAAGCAUGGAAUGAACAUUGGCAAUUCAUAAAUGACUAAACUGUUUGAAUUAUUUAUCUAAACUUAUGAAAGUACAUACUAGAGAAAAGAAAUUAGAAUAUCAUAACUCAAUUCAAAAAUAUUCUAAAUUACAUAAGAUCUAAACAACUAUCAAAAUAAUAUAGAGAGAUAAUAUUCAGUAAUAAAGAAUAUCAAAAAUAAAAGAGAAAAACUUCAUUUUGAUCUUGAUUUUAAAGAAUCUCAUUUACAUUAGAUUGAAAUAUCGAUAAAUUAAAUUAAAACUUAUCCUUCAAUAACAUAAAAUAUUUGUGAUCUUAAAGAAGGAAUAAGAAUAUGUAGAGAGAGAUAUUUAUUAUUAAAAGAAGAGAAUGAAGAAUUUAAUAAAAUUUAGACUUCUCUAACUUAAUAAAAACAAUAAUUAAAAAAUCGUUAUAAAUUUGUAAAAUAAAAUAUUAAAUUAAUAAGGUUUUAGAUUAAAUUUAAACUAAUCUCAAAUUUUAUGAUGAAUUUAAAGAAAAUAGUAUCAAUCUCAAUUAAAGAUUGAUUAAAUAAUUGAAAACAGUGAUAGAACUAUUUUAGUUAAAUCAAAAAAGAACAAUAAAUUAAAAAUACACUAAUAUUGAUAAAAAUACUAUUGAUAUUGAUGAUACAAGUAUAUUAUUUAUUAAUUUAAUUUGA